UGGACUAAAAGUUCAAAACGUAGAUAGUCAAGGGACCAGUUAUAUAACUUUACUCAAACUUAAAAAGACAAAAGCUGCAUAAAAGCCUCCAAAAGACAUUCAUUUUAGAAAGAGAAAAGGAGAAGUGAAAGAAGAGAAAGGAGGAUGAGGAUGAUGAUGAUGAUGUUCAUAAUAAUAUUGUUGAUUGUAUUAUUAGUAUUGGUUGUGAAGGUUUAUAUGUUGUUAUGGUGGAAACCAAAGAAGAUUGAAAAGCAUUUUGGGAAACAAGGCAUAAAGGGACCUCCAUAUUGCUUCUUAAUUGGCAAUGCCAAAGAAAUUGUGAGUUUAAUGGUGAAGGCUUCUUCAAAACCCAUGCCUUUGCCUUUCUCUCACAAUAUACUCUCUAGAGUCCUCUCUUUCUACCAUCAUUGGAAUAAAAUCUAUGGUCCAACAUUUCUUAUCUGGUUCGGACCGAUGGCUCGUCUCACCAUUGCUGAUCCCGACCUCAUUCGAGAAGUAUUUUGUUCAAAAUCAGAAAUGUAUGAGAAAAAUGAAGCUCACCCACUUAUCAAACAACUUGAAGGUGAUGGUCUCCUCAGCCUCAAAGGUGAAAAAUGGGCUCUCCAUAGAAAAAUCAUCACUCCCACAUUUCACAUGGACAAUCUCAAAUUAUUGGUGCCGGUGACAACGAGUAGCGUGAUGAAAAUGCUAGACAAAUGGUUAGGCAUAAUGUCGGAUUCUGGGGAGGUGGAAAUCGAAGUGUCUCAAUGGUACCAAAACCUAACCGAGGAGACAAUGACUAGGACCGCGUUCGGCAACAAUUAUGAAGAUGGAAAACAUAUUUUUCAAUUACAAGCUCGACAAAUGGUGUUGACUUCCGAAGCCUUUCAAAAACUUUCCUUCCCAUGUUAUAGGUUCAUACCAACAAAAAGGAAUAGAGAAUCAUGGAAAUUACAAAAAGAAAUUAAGAAAAACUUAAUGAAGGUAAUUGAGACAAGGAUGGAAAAGACUAAUGAAGAAAAGGUGAAAAUAGAAAAUGGGCCCAAAGAUUUACUUGGGCUUAUGAUUGAGGCAGCGAGUAGUAGUAAAAAAGAAGAUAUAUGGAAUUCUUCACCGGCAAUCACGGCACGUGACAUAGCAGAAGAAUGCAAGAGUUUUUUCUUUGCCGGAGAACAGACGACAACCAACUUGCUGACGUGGACCACUGUUUUGCUAGCUAUGCACCCACAAUGGCAGGUGAUAGCACGUGACGAAGUGCUUAAUGUAUGCGGACCAUGUGAUAUCCCAACCAAAGAUUGUGUUUCCAAGCUUAAAACGUUGACAAUGAUACUAAACGAAUCCUUGAGACUAUAUCCUCCAAUUGUGGCAUCGAUUAGACGAUCAAAAAACGAUGUCGAAUUAGGAGGGUACAAGAUCCCACGUGGCACCGAGCUUCUAAUUCCAAUCUUGGCCGUGCAUCAUGAUCAAACCAUAUGGGGAGACGAUGCUAAUGAGUUUAACCCAAACCGGUUCUCGGAUGGUGUAGCUCGUGCAGCUAAACAUCCGGUAGCCUUCAUUCCAUUCGGGCUUGGUGUUCGAACUUGCAUAGGACAAAAUCUUGCAAUAUUACAAGCAAAAUUGACUCUUGCGAUGAUUUUACAAAGAUUCUCUUUUGAGUUGUCUCCAAAGUAUCAACAUGCCCCGACUGUUCUAAUGCUACUUUACCCACAAUAUGGUGCUCCAAUUAUCUUCAAAAAUGUACGAUCGGAUCCAAGCACAAAUAUUGGUGAUCACUUGUCAUAAAGUUAUUAGCCUGCAGUUGUAUGGCCUAGUGUACUUGUGUGUGUGGACCCUAUGUCCACUAUAGAGGCACACAAAAUUGAACGCAAGAGGACAAAAUGAAAGCCACAUCAAAUCGUAAAUAAUGAAAGCCUAGGGAUUAUAUAGUAUAUUAUAUGCUUAUUUUUAUUUCUAUCCAGUUAGUUCGCUGUAAUAUCUAUCAUGGCCCCUCAAGUACAAAAUGCCAUGUAAUUGCUACAAAUGUUUAUAUUUGUGCAUGCUAGUUAGAUAUUCAUUUUUGCGCUUAUAUCAAAUGUAUAUAGUAACUUCUACUUCUAUGUGA